AUCUCCUCAAAAAUCUUCUCUACUCAUCGGUCACUUUUCAAUCUCACAACCGGAAAGCAACAAUGAGUUCCACCGACAUUCCGGCGAAGGGCGGCAGAGGCAGGAAAGCGUCCACCAAGUCCGUCUCAAGGUCUCACAAGGCCGGUCUUCAAUUUCCCGUCGGCCGUGUCGCCAGGUAUCUCAAGAAGGGACGUUAUGCGCAACGCGUUGGCUCAGGCUCCCCGGUCUACCUUUCCGCUGUUCUCGAAUACCUAGCUGCUGAGGUUCUGGAGUUAGCCGGCAAUGCUGCGAGGGACAACAAGAAGAAUAGAAUCAUUCCAAGGCAUAUUCAGCUUGCGGUGAGGAACGAUGAAGAGUUGAGCAAGCUUUUGGGAUCUGUUACAAUUGCAAGCGGAGGAGUGAUGCCGAAGAUUCAUCAGUCUCUUUUACCGAAGAAGGCAGGGAAUGCGAAAGACAAGGCCGAAAUCGGAUCGGCGUCUCAAGAAUUCUAGCUUACAGAAGAAAUCGCCAUUCAUGAACAGAAAAUUAAGUAGUUAGGUUAUGUUAGAUUGUGUUAGAUUGUGUUAUUAGUUUCAAUGAAUCGGAUCAUACUUCUUUUGGUAUGGUAAAUUUGCGGAACGAAUUUCGCUUAGAUUAGUAUUUGUCAUCGUCAUCGUUCAAAUUUUCUAUUAUUCAGUGUAAAUGCCGAUGAAGUUCAAAACUAAUUUGAAUCGAAAGAAGUUUGAGUUUUCAA